AGGGGAGGUUGUCACCACCCCUAGUUCCACUUCCUCCCCGCCGCCGCAAGCAGCAGCGCGCCUCAUAUAGCGUUUCCUCAGCCAGCAGCCGCCGAUUAAGGCGCAGGCGAUUGGAGGAAGAGCGGAGGAAGCCGGGGGAAGGAGGGUGGCGACCGAGCAGUGGGGAGAAAAAAAAAGCCGGCGCGGAGGGUGAGGUGAACCAUAGUCCCGGAAGGGCAGGCAACUCCUCCAGUGGCUCGUCUGGGAGCUGCUCCGAGCCUCCUCUUUGCCUUGCCCGCACCCACCCGUGGACACCUUGCUGGGUUCGGGCGCUCUCCCGUUCCCAGCCGUGGUCUUCCCUCCACCACCACCACACGCGCCUCCACCCGGGCGUGCGACUAGUUGGUGGCGGGGAGGCGAGGAGAUGUACCCGCCGGGCUCCACCUGGAAUAUCUCCUUCGCCGGCUGCGGAUUCCUCGGGAUCUACCACAUCGGGGUGGCCAGUUGCCUUCAAGAGCAUGCCCCCUUCUUGGUGGCGAAUGCCAAAAAGAUUUAUGGCGCUUCGGCCGGAGCCCUGACGGCUACAGCCCUUGUUUCGGGUGCCUGCCUAGGUGAUGCUGGAGCAAAUAUCAUCCAUGUCUCCAAAGAGGCCCGGAAGAGGUUUCUUGGCCCUUUACACCCGUCCUUCAACCUGGUGAAAAUCAUCCGUGCCUGCUUAUAUAAAACCUUAUUAGCCAAUGCACAUGAGUUGGCCACCGGACGUUUGGGCAUUUCAUUAACCCGGGUUUCAGAUGGAGAAAACGUCAUAUUAUCAGAGUUCAACUCCAAAGAAGAGCUUGUCCAGGCAUGUGUCUGUAGCACUUUCAUCCCAGUAUACUGUGGCCUGAUCCCUCCAACCCUUCAAGGAGUGAGAUACGUUGAUGGAGGGAUUUCUGACAACCUGCCUCAAUAUGAGUUGAAGAACACCAUCACUGUAUCCCCUUUCUCUGGGGAGAGUGAUAUUUGUCCACGGGAUAGUUCCACAAACAUUCAUGAACUCAGAAUCACCAAUACCAGCAUUCAGUUUAAUCUACGCAAUUUGUACCGCCUUUCAAAAGCCCUGUUUCCUCCAGAGCCCCAGGUUCUCCAGGAAAUGUGCAAGCAGGGCUACAAGGACGCUCUUCACUUUUUGAAGAAGAAUGCUCUCCUCCAAAGACCUCCCCUCCCUCUGCUAGCCAUUAGCAGUGGUGCUGAGGAAACGGACCCUGAAAAAGAAAAGGAUGAGGAUGAUCAGCUGGAAGAAAGUGCUGAACUGGCAGAGGCUGAAGAACACAUCCUGGAACAUUUGCCUCCUAAACUGAACCAAGCACUUUUGGAAGCCUGUACUGAAAGGAGGGGAUUAUUCACUUGCAUUGCCAAUCUUCUACCAGUGCGUUUGGCCUCUACAUUGAUGCUACCAUAUACUCUUCCUCUAGAGUCUGCUCUCUCCUUUACAGUCAGGAUGCUUGAAUGGCUGCCAGAUGUUCCAGAGGACAUCAGGUGGAUGAAAGAACAGACACGGAAAGUCUGUCAUUAUUUCAUGAGAAAAGCCAAGAAGAAGCUAGGAAGUCACCUUUCAGCCAGGCUAUACUACCAUCUUGAACUCCGAAAAACACAGAGUUUACCUAUCCCUUUGGGCACGGCUUAUGGGGAAGCAUUGCCAAAAUGGCUCAGGAACAGUCUCUCGCUAACAGACGUUAUGACAAAAUGGGAAGAAUACCAUCGCCAGCUGAUGCUAGGGCUGUUCUGCAUCAAUGUGGACCUGCAGGCCUCCAUCUUCCCAUCAGAAGGGCUGCAGAUGAGACAUCCAAAAGCAAGCUGCACGGAAGAGACCCUUCAGCUCUUUUAAGAUAACCGUCAGAAUCUGGUUGGGGGAAAAGAGGGUGGGCAGUGGCUGCAUUCAGCAGUUUCCUAAUGGAACUCUUUAACAAUCACAGAGGGAUUUCUCUUCCCCUCACAAUUCAGACAGGGUAUUGAUAACAAAAUAGGCAAUUGUGCCAUAACUAAGCAAGUGACUGGCACAAGGUAAAUACCCACCAAAAUGUGUUGGGUGUUGCAUAUUUUCUGGGAGACUGGUAUAAAUAACUUGACAACUACAACAGAAAUAAGUUGAUGCUUGGGCUGAACUGAAAAGAAUUUCAUGCAGGGCACCUCUUGGACUGUUUAUAGUAAGAAGACUGGGGACAUCAUCAGGACUCUAGCUUCUGUUUUUAAUCCACUUUGCUUUAAAUCAAUAUUGCAACAUGCUUUUGUUCUUAAAGACUCGAGUCCUUUGGGAUCAUCCUUCUCUGUGUUAUAAUACAGUAAAAGAAAAGCCAGCAAGAGCUACCAAAACAGCUCUUAAACCAAAUGCAGUCCUAAAUUUUCUAAUUCAAGUAGAGACACCUUAUAAUUCCUGUACUUUUUUCUUGUAAAUUUGUAAGGAAUGCAGCUAACAUUUACGCUACCUGGAUUCAUGGUCUACUGUCUUCUAGGUCCUUCUAUUCUAGAGAGAUGACGGGGGGGGGGGAUUAGAAAUCUUGAAAUAUGUACUUAAGUCCCAUCUCAUUUGGGUGCACUAUUUUUUCCCUGCUUCCCAAUAAUUUUAACUAGCUUAAAUCUUAACUUGUACAGUUGCAGAAGGAUGUUAAGAAGGAUAGAUGGAAGCAACAGCUAAGUCAGUGUAAUGUAUGUUUUGAAACAGUUUGUGACUGACUGGAUCAGUUGGCCAUUUGAGAAAGAAGGAAAGGGCUUUUGAUUCUAGCUGCAAAGGAAUAUGAAGCUCUUAAAAUCCAGAAGCCAAAAUGUAUUCUGAUCCAAAUGGAUUUAAGUUGGCUUGUGGGAUCCACAUCAUUUGGGGUGUCAGUGGUGAAUGUGGCCCCUUUGGAACGUUGUUGAUUGCUCAGCAGAAUUGUGGAAAUUGUCUUGCACUGAGAUGGAAAUAAGCAGGGUCUGAAGUUGAAGGCCUGAAAGAAAGUAAUAGUUUUGCAGGUAUUGAAUGUUAUGGUAUCGCAUAAAGAGGAGGAACAGGGUUGGCUUGUAAGUCAGCUGAACAAAAUUGCUUUGUUUUUUUUCCCCUUCUGAGCACUUUCCUCCCACUAGUGCAGGGUCCACUUUUUCUCAGAUUAUAGGAAUUGAUUGAUUGUUUUGUCACCUGAGCCUAAUGUUGUGUGCUGAGAGUGACUAUCCCAAAAUCAUUUAGCUGGCUUUCAUGCCUGAAGUGGGAUUAAAAUUCACAAUCCCUGGUUUAUAGCCUGGUGCCUUAACACUAGACCUGUCAAGGUGAACCUAUGGCACGCGUGCCAGAGGUGGCACGCAGAGCCCUCUGGGCAUAUGCGCCGUCACCUGCUGCUCUGUGUGCACACCGGCCAUCUGGUCUUUGUGCGCACCAGAGCAUCGGAAACCUGAAGACCAGGUGGCCGGCACACACAUGCAUACCAGCCAGCUAGUCUUCAGGUUUCCAGCACUCCAUUUUGGGCAUUUUGUGCAAGUUCCCCAUCACUGCACUAGACCAAACUGGUUCUCUGAUGAACAAAAUUGAAUGUAUAAUCUUAUUUCAAUCUUUUCAUUCUGAACCAGUGGAGCUAGUUCUUUCAAUUGCUGUGAAAACAAAUGUUGGUAGGUUAACCUAGAAGUAUUUUCUCCUUCACACAUAGCCCAAGUAGCAUAUCUGGUAUACAUUAUACAUUUCUCUCAUAAGCCUUCUUUAUAGCAGUUACCUAUUGUCAUAUAUGCACUAAAUGAAGCACCCGGUUAAUUUCUCACAGCCACAUACCAACUAUCUUGUGUCUAUCAUUAAUUAUCACCAGCACCAUACUAGAUCUCAUCACUCGUUGCUGUUGUUUUCUUCCUGCUACUGUAUAUAUAGCAUGGCAAAUAUUCAUUAUGAUGUCAGAAAGCAGGAGCUGCACUCAUAUAGCAAUAUUGGCACGUUUCUAGUCACUGUGUGAGGCUAUAUGUAGAGUGCUUGUUACGAUUUUGUAUCAUAACUGCAGGAAAAAAAGGUUGGGUGCAUUGUUUUUGGAUAAAAAAAAGAUUGGUUUUCUUUGCACUUUAAUGACAUUUCUGUUUUUCUCCUAGUACAGAACUAUCUGUUAAAUUCCAAAGGUAACACAAUGGAUGGACAGAGAGGGAGACAUAACAAUUGCUUAGAAAUAAGUUAAUAAUAAUAGAAUUUUAAAUGCUACAAGAGAACAGAAAGGAUAAAUCUGAGUAGAAAUGCUUUAUUAUAUAGUGUAUAUUUGUUCUCUUAGCAGACUACAACAGACUACUAACUUUAAGUAUUAUGAGCAAUAAGUGGUUCUAUAUUAGCAAAGCCUAUGAGAUACACAUGCUUUUUUUUCCUCGAAAAAUAAUUAUUACUGAAACCAUGAUAAAGGUAUUGCUCCAGGAAAAGAAACUGGGAGCAAAAUACAAGGAGUUAAAUAGCAUUUCUAGCAAUGCCUUCGCUUUGUAAAAAUGCCUUCGCUUGUAAAAAUUUCUAGUGCAAAUAUUAAAAAUCAGUUGGGAAUGAAAUUAUUUUAUAAAAAUAGGCUCAUUGCCAGAAAAAAAAUCGUUUGCUGUCUACUCAUUUGGCACAAGGGCCUGUUUUGAAUCUCUGCACCAGUAUUUCCUUUUACACAUCUCUGGGAGAAGUGGAGCUAUGAAGAAUGAAUAUUUGCAACCAGGCAGGAUGGGAGUAGUCACAAGUUUGGCAAUGAACAGUGCCUCUCCUAUACGUUACAUAAAAACGUAGGGUGUUUUAUCUGCUAAUAUUUCCUUUAAUGUAAGCAGCAGUAGCAAAUUGCAAAUCAUUCAAAGCACUUCCACAGAAUCCAGUUCCUGAUCUGGAAUUCACUACUGAAUUUUCACAAUUUCUUCCACAUUACUAUGUAUAGAUAAGUAAGUACAGCAGCCACCAACUCUUAGUGUAGCUGAAAAGAAAGGACAUGUCUCUCUUCACUAAUAUUAAAAUGAAGAGACUGAGCAAAGGUAGACAUUUUUUUGGAGGAAGAAAUGCUGCUAAAAUUGCAUAGGACUGAGCUGUCGCAUACAAAGAUUCAUGCCUGCUCUCCCAUAUUUAAUUACAAGUAGGGUAUAAAAUAAAUGAAGAUAGGAGAUAUGCAAAAUUGAAGUGUUUCUUUUAGUAGCAAUGUCUCUUAAGAGAAAAGCUUUGAGCAAAAGAUCCUUUAUAAAACUCUUUAGAGGAAGGAAUCUUCCUCUUAUCUUAACCCAAAUAAGUUCCAUAGGUAUUACAUCACUUCAGCUUUCCCACAUAAAAUACAACAGUACCUAGAUCAGGGCUGUCAAACUUUUGGCCCGUGAUCCCGAUGCGUCACGCACUGGCCAUGUCCACGGCCGGUUUAGUGAAGUGGGGAAAAGUCCCAAUAUGUCAUGUGAUGCCACCGUGACGAUGUGAGUUUGACACCCCUGAUCUAGAUACUUUCCCUUGUUAAGUACACAAUUGUCAUUUGUUGUCUUUUAGAUGAAAAUGUGCCAGUGUUCACAUGUCUUUAUCCACUAAGUUAUUCAACACUAUUCUAUUUUGAAAUGUAUUGCACAAUUACAUAGUCUUUUUUUAAAAAAAAAAAUUGUAAGCUGCUAUUGCUGCUUCAAAAUGCAGCUAUUGUAAUGCUGGGAUUCUAUUUGUUGCUAAUACACUGCACUGUAAUUAAGACACUGUAAUUUGACCAACUAUCUUACAUGUUUGAAGAUAAUCAGGAUUUUAAAAAUAGUUGGUUUUAGAAAACAAAAUAUAAAAUUGUUAAUUUUAUAUGUUAAUGUUAAAAGUGUAAGUUCAAAUGUUGGUGCCAAAAAACUGGUAUUGCAAUAUGUACUGGAGUUUCACAGCAAAAACACAGACAUUUUCUUUUAAUUCUAAAACUUGAAAGUAGUGAAAGCAAUGCUCCCAGCUGAUUUGAGUUCAUAAUAAAAAGAAAAUAGAAGAUAGAGCCAACAAAGUAUCCACAGGGUAAAGCCAACCAGCCCCAGCUCCUUAAUUUCUUUUUAAAAAAAGAAGAAAAAAAGAAAAUUGGUAUAUCAGAUUUGAAACUUUUGAACAAAAACAGAUAACAACUUACAUCACCUUGUUUGACUUGGCAGAUGGAAAUUUGGUCAAGUGGAAAGCAGCAUUUGAUUACAUCAGAAGCUGAUGAAAGAGAAGCUUGACUUGUUCAAGUUGCACGGUUUAAGAUUCCACAGUGCCUUUUUAAAAAGAAAGCCAAAAAAUUUACAGCUUGCUGCUGCUGUUAUCUUUAUGGGUUCCUAUAGUAGUCCUCAACUUAUAAACCAUAUUUGGGACCAGAAUUUCUAUUAGUAAGCGUGAUGAUUGUUAAGUGAAUCACGCCCAGUUUCAUGACCGUUUUGAGUCACCUUAAUCAGUAAGUGAAUCAUGCAGCAAGUGAGUCAUGCAUUUAAAAAAUGUGGCUUCCCCCAUUGACUUUAUUGGUUGGAAGCCAGUUGGGAAAGUCACAAAUGAUGAUUACAUGAUCCACGGAUGCUGCCAUUGUCCUAAAUACAUGCUGGUUGCCAAGCAGCCAUAUUUUGAUCAUGUAACCAUGGGAAUCCUGCAAUGGUUGUAAGUGC